AAAACAAAACAAAACAAAAUGCUGAAGUCUGGGCCACAACCUCAGAGCUUCUGCUUUAAUGGGCUUGGGGUACCAACUGGCACUGGUGCACAGCCAGAGUUGAGAAGUGCCAUUUAAUUAGUCACAACAACUUAAUAUCAUGGGGGUGACACAGAAGUACAUGGGACAGGAACAGCUAGAGAAAAAUAUUUUUAACCUUAGGAUUUUGCUUUAGAAUAUAGCAUUCUGAAUCUUUAUGCCCCCAUAUAAAUUAUUCUCUGAAACUGUUUGAACAAGUUUUACAUCAGCUGUCUCUACAGGCCGUUUUGGCGCCUAGACAGUCUUGGUUCCACCAUGAAGGGGUAAAUGCAUGCUCUGACAGUGGCCACCACUGCUGGUCUGGAUGCUCCCCUCGCUGCCCUCAGAAGCAGUGGGGGAGGCUUUGCCUUCUAGAUUGAAGCUUGACAACGCUUAACUUUAACAUAAAUCAAAAGAUGUCACUUGCAAGUGCUUGCCCCAAAUUGUCCCACUGCCUUCCUUACAAUCAGAUAGUGACAAUUUUGAAUUUCUGGUGGUGUGAUACUUUGUAUAAUUAAAAAAAUCUGCUGCAUAAGAGAAUAGUAAGUUAUUAUUUGGAGGGAAAAGGGUCCCUAAUUGUGGAACAAAGCAAUUGUUUGUACGUCAGCCCUAAAUAAAUGUUUCUUUAUUUCUGAAGUUGUGUGACCUCCUGUAGCGGUCUUUCUAGCACGUCAGGAAGCAGUCAGGAGUGAAAUGUAGUUAGCAAUGCGCACUUGUCUAUAAAGGGCCUUUGACAACGAGCUCAGUGCAUCUAUUGACUCCCUGGGAAGUCUGAGGUCACAAGCUUGGCUGGAGCACGCGAGCCCAGAUAAUGAAGAUGGUUUUGCCCUCUUGAAACAAAGCCAGAAACUUUAUCUACUUCACUGUGCACUUUGGGUCAUGUGCUAACGAUGAGGAUUUCUGCAAUACUAAUCCCCCUAAUGACGGCUUCUCCCAGCCCUUACACAAACCCACAAGGCCCCGUGGCUUGGCAAGCCAGACAGAAUAACCGCAGCACGGCGUUUGGCUUUUGAACUGAGUUCAAGGCAAUUAAAGUCAUGGGCUAAGGAGGGAAGGAGGGGUUUAGAAAUACCAGCAUAAUAAGUCCUGUGACUGGAGCGCUCCGUAAAUUAACUCCAUUAGAUAAAGCCUGAUUUAAUGGGGGGAAGAUGCUGAGAAGCGCUACCCUCAUUAAAUCUGGCUGUUAGAGGCGCUUCUGAUGGAAUUAAAUUUGUUUUAGUUGUUUGAAUCACAUAGAAUAGUCUGUGCAUGUGCACGUACACACGUGCGUUCUAUGAUUUUUGUGGGUAUUUUUUAAAGAGCAGAGGAAAAGAACAAAAAACAAAAAUAUACCAAAAUAUACCAAUCCUCCAAAAUCAAAAACUGAAUGAAUGCUCAAGAGCCAAAGAGUGGAAGACAAGGAGAAAGGCAGGAUAGAAGCAAGGAGUGGAAAGUGCAAGAGAGUUCUCCUGGUUAUAAAGCCAUGAGCUCCCUUCGGUGGGGGCUUCUGCUCAGCUGCCUGGGCUGUGGACUCCUGCCUGGAGCCUGGGCGCAGUUCCCCCGGGUCUGCAUGACAGUGGACAGCCUGCUGUCCAAGGAGUGCUGCCCGCCACUGGGCAUGGAGCCGGCCAAUGUCUGUGGCUCUCAGGAGGGCCGGGGCCAGUGCACAGAGGUGGAAACUGACACCAGGCCCUGGAGCGGUCCUUACAUCUUGCGAAACCAGGAUGACCGAGAACGGUGGCCAAGGAAGUUCUUCGACUGGACCUGCAAGUGCACAGGAAACUUUGCUGGCUAUAACUGUGGAGACUGCAAGUUUGGCUGGACCGGCCCCAACUGUGAUCGGAAGAAAGCACCAGUUGUUCGGCAGAAUAUCCAUUCCUUGACUCCUCAGGAGAGGGAGCAGUUUUUGGGUGCCUUAGAUCUCGCGAAGAACACCACACACCCCGACUAUGUGAUCACCACGCAACACUGGCUUGGGCUGCUUGGGCCAAAUGGGACCCAGCCACAGAUUGCCAACUGCAGCAUUUAUGAUUUCUUUGUGUGGCUCCAUUAUUAUUCUGUUAGAGAUACACUAUUAGGACCAGGGCGCCCAUAUAAGGCCAUCGACUUCUCACACCAAGGACCUGCCUUUGUUACAUGGCACCGGUACCAUUUGUUGUGGCUGGAAAGAGAUCUCCAGCGACUCACUGGCAAUGAGUCCUUUGCUUUGCCCUACUGGAACUUUGCCACUGGGAGGAAUGAGUGUGAUGUGUGUACCGACCAGCUUCUUGGGGCAGCAAGACAAGACGAUCCGAUGCUGAUCAGCCAGAAUUCAAGAUUCUCCAGCUGGGAAAUUGUCUGUGAUAGCUUAGAUGACUACAACCGCCGGGUCACCCUGUGUAAUGGAACCUACGAAGGUUUGUUGAGAAGAAAUCAAGUGGGAAGAAACAGUGAGAAAUUACCAACCUUACACGACAUACAAGAUUGUCUGUCUCUCAAGAAGUUUGACAAUCCUCCUUUUUUUCAGAACUCUACCUUCAGCUUCAGGAAUGCCCUGGAAGGGUUUGAUAAAGCGGAUGGGACCCUGGACUCUCAAGUGCUCAGCCUUCAUAAUUUGGUUCAUUCUUUCCUGAACGGGACAAGUGCUUUGCCACAUUCUGCGGCCAAUGAUCCCAUUUUUGUGGUCCUUCAUUCCUUUACUGAUGCCAUUUUCGAUGAGUGGAUGAGAAGAUUCAAUCCUCCCGCUGAAGCCUGGCCUCAGGAGCUGGCGCCCAUUGGUCACAAUCGGAUGUAUAACAUGGUUCCUUUCUUCCCUCCAGUCACUAAUGAGGAACUCUUUUUAACCGCAGACCAACUUGGCUACAGCUACGCCAUUGACCUGCCAGUUGAACAAACUCCAGGUUGGACCACAACCCUGUCAGUGGUUAUGGGAAUGCUGGUGGCUUUGGUUGGUCUUUUCGCUCUACUGGUUUUCCUUCAGUAUAGAAGACUUCGAAAAGGAUAUACACCCCUAAUGGAGACACAUUUAAGCAAGAGAUACACAGAAGAAGCCUAGGAUGCUCACACUUACCCUAGAGAAGAAGCUGGCCAAGUUGUAGUUCUGACUCUGACAAUGAACAAACUUUAGUAUCCUUCCUUUAGUUGAAGAUCUUUGGCAUAGCUCCUCCAAAUGUGGCGAUGACCCCAAAGACAGAAGAUGCUUAUUUAUAGUCUGGUUUGCUUGUUUGGCAAACUCAAGCUAAAGUGCUAGAGGCUAUCUCUGCCAUCAAACAAAGGUAGAGCUGAUGGUUUGUGGUAUCACAUAAUAAUUCCCUAUGUUGAUUAAGCCUCCUCACGUUCUGAGAGCACUAAAAAAAACCUGAUAGAGUGGAUUCAUUUUAAUUUACGGGUCAGUGUAAUUUGAGACCUGGACCAGAUCACGGUUCCAUCUUUCUUGGUCCAAAGGUCUUCGUUUGUAAUGGGCUGGAGGUAGGGGGUGGCAGGUGCUACAUGAAUCUCCAAGGUCCAUUUUAGUUAUAAACAUCUAUGCUUUUAGGUGCCGAAACUGAUAAUUUUCCUGAGGCUUGUUUUUCUUCUUUGUCUUCUCUGUCUUUUCUUCUCCAGCUUUUAAAAUGUUCUUGAAGAUGAAAAUAGGCCUUAUUUUCCAAAUAGGAUGGAGAAUAAAUGAAUGAAUGAAUGAUAAAUUCAGUUCUUUUUUGUAAAUUGGACUUUACAGAAUUUAUCAAGUCUGCCAUUUCUGACAGUAGGCAUAUCACAAGGUUCAAUAGCUGGAUAAACAUUGAUCCUAUAGUGAUAAAUAAAUAGACGAGGGAUUAAAUUAUAGAGCUUUCUAGUUGUUACAAACCUCUUAACAAGCAUAGAAUCACUAUUUCCAGGAAACGCUGACUGGUGAAGGCUGGCGAGGCGAUAAUCCUGAAUAUGAGGCAAUUUGACUAGUGUUCCAUUGCUCUGAGGCUCCCUUUGGCUGAUCCUGAACCAGUUUCUUUACUAGGCAGCCUCAGAUGAAAAAUCUUUCACGUAUAAUGCAUUUGGCUUAUUUUUAAGAGUUGACUUCAGAUUCAUUAAUGCCGCACCGUACUGACAGUUACUUACGAAUACUCAUCGAUUAAGUGUUAUCAUUUAAAAGCAAACCAUCCAUACAAAAUAUAACAAUUCAGAAUUAAAUGGUUAUGUUCUGCUAAGCAAUCAUUAGGUCAAGAGAUAUAAGAAUGAGGUAGUCUUUACUAAGAGGUUUAGACUUAUUAAGAUGAUGCUUGCUGAGAACUUAAUGGUCAUUGAGAUUUCAAGGCAAAUUUCAUCUGCUCCUAUCUGGUACCUGUGCAUCAGGAGUGAGCCCAAAGUUCUAGAAGGUGGCCCAUCUAUCUGUUCAUUUCAGCCCCUCUCUAUUGGAGUGAAUGAGUGUUGAUAGACUCCUGGAGCUGCCUUCUAUAUAUGGGGGGCCUAGAAGGUGCAAGAUUCAUUAAGAUAGUGUUAUCUGCUGGAAUAAGACUGUAAAAGCCAGAAAAAUGAAAAAGCCCAAUGUGACCUGAAUUUGAGUUUGAGUGAGUCUCAUAAUCCUACAGGUAUAUCUGAGAGUAGGUUCAGUGGAUGAGAAUCAAGAUAGCCCCGAGUUCUUCAGGGGGUGAAGCCCCUCUUGGGCAUUUUUAGCCACAACCACAUACAUAGAUCUCAACUCCUGCCUUUAUUCGUGGAAAAUUCAGCAAUGGUUCAAUAACAUGCUCCACUCUAGAAGAUUUAUGCUCUGAACUCAGGGUUGUUGAGGAACACAUUUUUACAUCCUGUUUUUAAACCAAAAGAGAAAUAUAUUAAAAUGAAGCUAUAAUUGUGCAUGGUAGAUAUGUUUCUGAAAAGUUAGGUAUAAAUCAAUUAUGCGUUAAAAGCAUCAGGGGAAAUUACUUUUUAUAGAUGAACUAUUACGAAUAAUUCUAUAAAGCACAUAACAACCUCUAGCUUAUCUUCCAGGUAUAUCAGAAUUUUUAUGCAUCAUAUUCCCAUAAGAUUUUUUUUGAAGCAAGAUCUAUCUGAGGUAGAAAAAAAGAGUAAUCAUUUAUACUUAGCUACUUUUAUAUAUAGCAAUGCUACUUUUUAUAAAUAUUAUGUUUUAUAAUGUCUUCCUAAGAGAAAUAAUUGCCUAAUUUUGUAGUUCAUAUAAGAGGAAUAAAAUUUUCUAACAUUUUCUAACAUUAUAAUAAAUCAAUGAUCAGUAAACCUUUUAACAAAUCUAAAGGUAGAACAAACAUGUGGAAUAAAAAAGUUGGUAUUUACUUACACUGAAUAUUAUGCAGAUAAACUCAGGCAAUAUCACCGAGCACUGUAGGGCUAUACUUCUCAUUAAUAGGGAAAAAAAUUCAACCUUGAAGAAAACGAAUAGAUCACUUUAUAUGCUUCUAUGCACAGUAUUAGAAAAACUGCAUGUAUAUGAAUUUUGAUUUCAAAAGGAAUGCUUUUACAAAGCUAACAUUCAGAAGUGAACUGAAAUCCUUUAACAUCCUUCCUUUGUGAAUUAAAUUCUCUUCUAAUUCUAACUCUUUGACAUUAAUUUGUGUCUUGCUUAGGAUUUAACAUUGUUAAUUAUAAUAAUCUUAAUGAAUAAUUUCAAUCCCACGUUAACAAGAAGUCUAAAACUUAUUAAAGAAGAAAAUAAAAAUAAACCUUGUUUUGCACAUUAUUGUUUGUCUGUUGGGGGCUAUUGUUUUUUAAUUUGUGACAUAAAUUUCCAUCUUUUUGACAUUCAAUAUACAUAUAUUGGAUAUGUGUAUAUAUAUAAAAACUACGUAACAACUACUUCACUUUUGAAAAUAAGUUCUUAAACUGAUGUUUCUACUUUCUUUUGAGUUUCUAAGGAAUUGCUACUUCCUGGCAUUCUGUUAUACAGGUGGGAAAAGCAGACACCAGCCUUUUUUCAGGUGAAGAGUUUUGCUGUCCCCUUAGUCUAAAGACUGAUCGUAUGGUAGGAGUGGCGUUGGGUGGCUACUUAAGUCACUGACCAGGAAGGAUCCUGCAGCAGCUAAGUGACAGAUCCUCCUGGAAAGGCUUCCAGGUCAGUCAGCUUGUUGGAGACCCUCAGAAUAAGGAAGUUAGAGCCAAGGAAGCAAUGGUUAUGUCGUGUCCGCUUCCACAUCUAGACUUUAAGUUUCUUGAAGCUUGGAGAGGUCAGAUUGUACCUCUCUCUGUACAGCUCCACUGCCAUACUUUCAAAGCACUUUAAGUACUCAGAAACUGUUGAUGGUUCACUGAUACAGGGGCAUAAAAGAGCCAAUUCACCACUCCUCCCCACAACUGGGAGAUAAUUACUCUCCUUGAUGCAAUGGCAAAUCCCAAGGUUAAACUCUUCCUGUUUCUACAGUGCCUUGCUCAUCCUGAGUUCCCUAUAAAUAUUUUUUGAAUGAAUAAACUAAUCUCAAAGUAGAACUUGGACCAUGAAAUUAAUAACAACCUAUUUUUCAGAUUCUGAGUUGUACAUAUACUAGGUGGAAUUUUACUCUAUGCAACCCAAUACAAGGGGAUACUUUUCAGCCCUAUUUUCUUCUUGAGUGUAUCUUCCCCCCAUUGUUGGUAGGCCUUAAUUCUACCAUUUAUAGGGACAAAGAUAGAAAGUUAAGACCCCACAGUAUCAUUUUAAAGCCUUCCACUAUCUGAUGUCUUAAAAGCCUUGUUUCAGUGGACGGAGUUAGUGGGCGCAUUAUUCAGCCGGGCAAACCAGUGCCCUUCUUACACCGAUGGACCUAAGAGUUUCUCCAGAAACUCUCCAAAGAUGACAGGACUUUAUCUUUAAUGGCAAUUCAAGCUGAAAAUAACCUCUAUGAACUUAAUUAUGCCUUGGCAGGUAGUUUAAUGAAAUCUUGAAAAUAACACACAAGAAAAUUCUGAGCAAUAGGAUAAGUUAAAGUUUUCUACAAAGAGACAAAACAAACGAAAACAAAAGAUUCCUAUUCAAGGCCUAUAUGCACUCUGUAUUCUCACCAAGACUAUAUCUAUUUGCAGAAAUCAUUAACGCACCUGUGUUAUUUGCCACGUUGACUCAAGUCGGACUUCUUGGAUGUAACAUGAUUGAAUUUGGUCCUUUCUCUUCCUGCCAUUCUCUGCUCCUUUGGUGGUUUAUAAACAUAAGCUAAAACAGGUGUUUCUCAAAUGUAAUUGUUCUCUGUGUUGUAAAUAACACCUUGCAGAAUGUCCUUCUUUAUUAAAAUACCAGAACUUCCUGCCAGAGUCCA